AUGGCCCCUCCUGUGCACAAGUUGGAAAAGGAUUGGUUGGGCCCCGCGGUCGCUACGGCUUUGUUGCCGCCAUUGGAUAUUUCGUCACGUGAGCGUCAGGAUUUGGGUCGAGCCUUUCGGGUCUACAUGCCGGCUAUUCGUUCUCAGUAUAGCCUCAAUGUGGCUUACCAGGAGUGGGUCCGGCUGACGACUCUCUACACACACCAGCGCACGGAUGGCUGGAAUGCUGACCAUGAAGAGUUUUGCUGUCGAAAGGGGAGGAAGUUCCUAAUGUUCGGGGCAAAUGCUCUACUUUGAAGCGCUUGUACCGUUACGUCAAUGAUCUGGCGUGCCGUUCCGAGAAUUGGCUGAAUGGCAUUUGAAACACACGAGUGGCCAUUUGACGUCUCGUUCUUUGGAUCGGGAGGAUUAGGAAUAUAGAGUCGGGACGUGAGGACUAGAGGCGCUGUAGGAUUGGGUUUCGAUAGUUUGAUAGUGGUGGAUGCCGACCCCAGUCUUGUUAGUUAGUCCUACGACUUGAGAGCCGCAUGCCUUGGGGAGGUUGCAGUAAGGACUGAGUUCGGGUGCUUCUAGAGUAAGGUUGCCCUGUCCUCUUGGACUGGGACUGGACUAUGGUCCUUUUGGAUUGCACCCACUUAUACCUCGUGGGUGAAUUGAACGAAGAAUAGGUGGAUUAGAAUUGGACUACAGAGAUGACGAGUCAAAUGAGUCGACUGUCUUUUGACAUCGGUCUUUGUAUGAACUACAGGUCUCGAGACAGUCGCUUAAUUACUAGGUAAUAAAAGCUAG